CCCCUACUGUUACUAGAGAGAAAAAUGUCUUCAGAUAACCAGUGGUCAGCAGAUGGGGAGGAAAGCCCACUCUCACGACUGAUUAGGAAAUCUAGAGACUCCCCCUUUGUCCCCGUAGGAAUAGCAGGCUUUAUGACUGUGGUGUCCUAUGGUCUUUACACGUUAAAGUACAGAAGGGAUCAGAAAAUGUCCAUUCAUCUUAUUCACAUGAGAGUUGCUGCCCAAGGAUGUGUUGUAGGAGCUGUGACUCUAGGUGUUCUCUAUUCUAUGUAUAAGGAUUACAUUAGACCUCGAUUCUUCAAUGUGUCCAAAAAAUGAAGCUACAUACAAGACAAGAAGGCUUCUGAAAACUAUUUAUUCUGAAGAAUAAAUUUUCAGUAUGUAGUAAAUUAUACUGCAAAAGUAUGAGACAGGAUUCGCAUAGCCUUGUAUAGCAAGUCUCAGUUGUUUAUGUUGAUUUCCAAAUCAAGAGUCAUAGUCAACUCAAAAAUAUCCUUGUUGUCUUUCAGAACCUAGGACAUGAUUUUCUGACUUUUAAAAUUUUUAUUUUCUAGUUAGUGGCAAAAAAUAAUCUAUAUUACGUCAAACCAAUCUGAAAAUUAGGAGUUAGUUAUGUAAUGGCUACAGAAAAAUUAUCUAUAUCUGUAUUAAAUGUGACGGUCUAGCCUGGAUGGCUCAGUCGGUUAAGUGUCCAACUUCAGCUCAGGUCAUGAUCUCGCAGU